CCCUCAUUCAGCCCACCCUCAAUUAAUCCUCAUCUGACCCCUUACAUGAGACUGACCCUGCGAUACGUCUUCGUUGUGACAUGGCAAAUCCUGAAAGGAUAAUCGGUAUUCCUGUGGAUGCAAGUGACCACAGUGAAAAAGCUUGUGACUGGUAUUUAAAAAACAUGAAGCAAGCCAAUGAUGUUGUUGUUAUCAUCCAUGUGAGUGAAAUGACUCAUUCUGGCUCCAUUGGUUGGAUUUGAGGUUAAGCUCUGUGGUGGUAAACCUGGUGAGGCUAUUUGCUCCAUAAUUAAGGAACGUGGCAUUGAUCUUGUCAUCAUGGGAAGCCGUGGAAUGGGUGCUAUAAGACGCACCUUUGUGGGAAGUGUCAGUGAUUAUGUCCUUCAUCAUGCACAUGUACCUGUCAUCAUUUGCCCCAAGCAUUGAUGUUCAUUACUUCCUUGAUUUACUCAUUGCAUGCUUUAGGCAUCAAUUUCAAAAUAAAAUUGAGUGAUUUGCAAGCUUCCAUACUGUAACAGUAGGUAGUCAUGAUGAGUUCAAUUUUUCAAUGAGAUAUAUAGCAUAUUUUAAAAUAUUCUCUGAUUUUGAUAAGAGUGUAAUAGCAGAGAUUUUCAAUUUCUUUAAUAAAGAUAACAGUUCAUCUCAGUGA